UGUACCUUACAUAACCAAAUGAGCCAAUAUUGCAAAACACACAUAAUUAACUAUUAACAUUUUUUGUAAUUACCUGAGUUUACUUUGAUGACUUGCACUGAAUUGAACCAGCCAGGGAUGCAUAGUCCGGACAGUAGCUGCUGAUAGCCAGCCUCAAGCACACUUCCAAAUGUUUAUCAGUCAUGGAUAAUAUCCGUAUCAUAAUAUCCGUAUAAUAUUCCAUAUCCGUAUGGAAGUGAUAUGUUUUUGCCUUUUUACUUGGUCCAGUUUUUGCCUUUUUACUUGGUCCAGCUCCUUCACUCAUUUUAGUGACCAUAAACUUUAGCGAGGGCUUUAAAAUCUCGCAAUUCGCCGACUAGCUUAGCACUUUGCAUCGUUGUUUACGCAUGAGCGGUGACCUAAAGGUCAAAAUUCAGUUGUCAUCUGACUGGUUGUCCUGUAUGUCAAUCAAGUAACGGGGAUGGAUGAUAGGCUGACAUCGUAAGUUCUGCUGCACUUAGAGACGUUGUUUGAUUUGAUUGGUCGCCCGAAGGGCAACAUUCAGUUGUCAUCUGAAUGGCUGCCCUGUAUAUCAAUCAAGUGACGGCAUUGAUGCUGGGAUGAUAUUUUUCUAAUGUCACGCCGCGAUCGACCAGCGAUCGACCAGUACCACCUCCGCGAUCGACUUAAUGAGCACCCCUGGUCUAUAGACUUUAAUUCCUCUUCGUGUCUCUGCUGGGUGUGUCCUCUGGGCGUGGUCCAAUCGGGUUGUUGUUAUUGUUGGCCAAACGCCUUCCACUGGAGGAGACAUGUCACACGUUGUUGGUUGUGGAAAACCAUGACUUGGAUGACGGAGAAUCUACAUGACAAUUGACAUCAAAUACAAGUUCCCAUUUCUGACAAUGAAAUCAGAACAUUAUGAUUCAUGGGAUUCUAAUUUUGGUCAAAUUGUGCCUUGCUCGGGUUUCAUGAUGGAGUAUAUUGAUCCUUGUUGCUAUGGCUCGGCAUCGAACCAAAAUAAACAAUAUAGCUCAUCCUUGUCUGUCCUCCAGUGAGGAAACAAUGUUCUCUGUUCAUCCUUGCCCCUCAUCCAAAGUAUUACUCAUAUUACUUAUAAAGUAUUACUUUACUGGGCGUUGAAGAACAACAUUCAUGCAGAAGCAAUAAUGGCUCUCGGUUCAGGCUCAGCAUGUCCGUCCUGAAGAAAGUCUAUCCGGGAAGUCGUGACGUGAACCCACACCAACUCCCUCCGUAGCCUGCAUGUCCGUUCAUUGAUGCCAAUGCAGCAUUUCAUCCAUUAAUGAGGAGAUUUAUGAAUUAUGACAGUUUUGACAAGGGUAUUAGUCUAUGUAAUUGGAUAGCUAUAUAGGCUGUGUGUGUGUGUGUGUGUGUGUGUGUGUGUGUGUGUUUGUUUUUGUGAAUUAUGAGGACAUUUGACAAGAAUACACGCAACACUGUGAGGACAUUUUGAAUUAUGAGGACAGGGUCGGUGUCCUCAUAAUUCUGCCAACGUAGAAGUGUUUCUAUGGGUCUAAAAAGCUGAAAACCAAAUUUUCUCCAAAAGUCCUCACAAUACACAUAUACCAGAAUUUGUGUAAAAUCUGUGUAUCGCUCUAGCACCCCUGUAGCCAAGUCCUGGUAUUGCACCCCUGAUGAAUUAUUCACACUUGUGUAAAUUUUAAAGCUUCUGAUUGGCUGCCGGGCGGAAGGUACCCACAAUUACGGAUUGUGACAGAAAAGUUGUGUAUUUACUUCGUCCUGAUUGGCUGACUGGUAGAGGGUCCUCAUAAUGUAGGAUUUUGUCAAUUGUGUGUAUUUAAAUUCUCAACACCGAUGAGGUGACCGCUAAUCAGCCAAUGAGCUGCAGCCCCAAGCUUCCUGGCUUCCUGCUACAGCGUGAACACGUUGCCAUUUAAUUGUCUACUGCACUGGAGACACGAGGUAAGAAUGAAAGCACACUACUAUGUUUCAAGUCCAUAAAGUUUGCAAUCCCAGUAAGGAGAACACUGUAUGUCAACAGCAUGUAAACCAGCUAGUACUAUCUUAACAUACUAACUGGUUAAUUUAUGUUAGCACGACAUGGUAUGCUAGCCUAGCUUAAAGAGCUAUUUAAAGAGCUAGGUACAUGUUAGGUACACAAGCACAUGUUAGCAUUAAGCAUAUAAGUUUUCAUUUAGUCUUUGAAACAAAUAUAUUAUACCUAACAGCACAAGUAGAUAUUGUGCCUUGUGUUUUUUAACCUGCUAAAUUCACUUUUAAUACAAACUAAAAGACAUGACUUCCUAUGCUUGUUCUUUUGUCACAAAGCAUCAUCUUUAUUGAAACAAAGCGAGGCAAUGAGGCCGCAGAGGGUGAAAGUAAAACCAAAAGAAGAGGCUGCAUACUUUGCAUCCUUAGGAAAGGACAAGGAUGGAUUUGAUAUCCGUUUUAUAAAUUCAUUCAAAGGUCGAGGAGUAUUCAGCAAGCGGCAUUUUCAGAAAGGAGAGUUCCUCAUCGAAUAUCGAGGACAGGUCAUAUCUAAACAAGAACAUGAAAACAGGCUACAUAUAUACCAUGAUGCCCUCAAGGUGUUCAUGUUUGAAUUUCGGUAUAAUGGAAAGAAUUUGUGUGUUGAUGCUGCUCAAGAGGAUGACUCCCUCGGCCGACUUGUAAACGAUGAUAAUGUGAGCCCAAAUAGCAAAAUGAAGACGAUCACUGUCAAUGGGCAGCCUCAUUUGUGUCUAUUUGCAACAACGGACAUCAAGCCUGGUGAAGAGAUAACAUACAAUUACGGAGACUCUGACUGGCCAUGGAGGUUAAAGUGUCCCACAGUGAAGGAGCCGGUUUGUUCUGGGGAUUUGGUCAGCAAUGGAAAAAUAAUUGCAACUGACAAGGAGAACAUAACUGAGGCAGAUCCACAACAUGCUUCUGUGACCAUGACAUCUAACUCCUUGAUCGAUGACAAACAGGUAUCAGCUGCCACAGAUGGUUACCAUGCAGAAGAGGCCAAGAUGUGUGUUUCCCCGAGUGAAACCAACGAACAGGACAACCAAACUGAGACAGAUCCACAACCUGCUGAUGCAAACAAGACAUCUGACUGCUUGACCGAUGAUAAACAGGGCUGUAAGCAUGACUUGGUCUCCACAGUAGUACCGAGCUUGGAAAAAUGUGCCCUGUGUACUGGACCCUUUUCUGCCUUGAAAUGGAUUGGUGUGAGAUGUAAAGUUUGCUCCUGCUUCUGGCACAAAUCCUGCUAUGUCAAGAGGAUGAAGACUGACUCUGAAUUCCCGCCAUUUGUUACUGAAGGAGCAAGUUCAAGUGAAGAGAUAUCAGAUGAGGAAUAUGUACCUGACUCUUCCAGUCACUCAGAGAAUUCCGGAGAUAUUUCAUUAGGGCCUUCAAAAUCUUUUCAAGAAGUGCCUGAUAUUGAAGUGGUCUGCACUGAGCUUCCCUCUGAAAAUCUGGAAAACACACCUUCCCAAGAACACCUCUUAGAUGAAGUGACAUUACCUGAUGUUAGAGAAGCAGACACUACAUUGCAGCUUGAGAAAACUUGUGAUGACUCCAAGCAAGCCUCAGGAGGGGUUCAGCCUGAAGUUCAGAAAGGCAGUGUUGAAGAUACAUUUCAGACCACUGAAGAAACUGGAGAAGACCACCAUGUACAGUCUUCAGGCAUAUCCUCUUCUGCAAGCAAGAUAAAUUAUUGCUACAUUUGUGGCAAACCACAGUCAAAAAUUACUCGUCACCUGAAAACCCAUGAGAAGACAAAUGUGGAAGUUGCUCAAGUUUUAGCAUUCCCAAAACACUCCAAAGAACGACAAAGACAGCUGAACAUACUACGGAACAAAGGAAAUCAUAAACAUAAUACAGAUGUUUUAACAAGUGGGACUGGAGUGCUGAAAAUGAAACGAAAACCCAAGAAAGUGCAAGACGUUAAACAGUAUGUGCAUUGUACGUAUUGCCAUGCUUUGUAUCUUCGGAGGCAUCUGUGGCGACAUCUUCAAAAAUGUCUCUCAAAACCAGGAGAAACCAAAGGGCAAGGAAGAACUAGAGUCUUGUCCUUGGCCACAAUGUCAGAGUCAGGCCUACCUCAACAGAUAUCCCAAGGUGUGUGGAAGCUGUUAACUGUCAUGAAAGAUGAUGACAUUUCUGCUGCUGUGCGAAGUGACUUCUGCAUUCUUCAGCUGGCGCAGUCAUUUUUCAACAAACAUGGUCAAGAUCCCACCAAAUAUGAAUAUAUUCGGCAGAAGCUUCGUGAAGUUGGAAGACUUCUACUAAUACUGUGUAAAGAAUUUUCCAUAUAUAAUCUUGAGGAUGCCGUAAGACCUGUAAAUUUCCAUUCAGUUAUCCAAGCAGUCAAGAAGGUGUCUGGGUUUGAUGAAGAAAAGCAUUGCUACAAAACGCCAAGCCUCGCACUUAAGUUGGGUCAUUCAUUGCAAAAGAUUAGUGACAUCAUCCAUUGCAGAGCUUUAAUGACAGGAGACAAUGAGCUGAAAAAGUCAACCCAGACUUUCAAAAAGCUUUACACCUCAAAGUGGUCUGAACUUGUCUCUCAUACUGCUUUGACCACCUUGAAUGAGGCGCACUUUAAUAAGCCAUCCACCCUGCCUUUUACUGAAGAUGUGCAACGUCUUCAUCAGCAUCUUGAAAAGACAGCAGAUUUGGCAUCUGAGAACCUGGGAAAGAUGCCUUCACCACAAGUGUAUGGUGAACUUUGCAGAGCAACUUUGGCAAAGAUCAUAUUAUUCAACCGAAGACGUGGAGGUGAAGUUGCAAAAAUGCAAUUACACAGCUUCAUCGGAAGAGACACAACACCCCUCCAUAAGGAUGUUGCUCUUGGCCUCACAAAGUUUGAACAAAAACUCUGUGAACAUUUCAGCCGGGUGGAAAUUAGGGGUAAAAGAGGACGAAAAGUUGCUGUGUUGCUAUCACCGGACGUGGUUGAUUCAUUGACACUCCUCUUGAAAAAAAGGAAGGAAUGUGGAGUUCCAGAGGAGAACAUUUUUUUGUUUGGAAGGCCCCACUGUUUAACUUCAUACAGAGGACAGGAUUGUUUAAGGACGUAUGCAAAUGAGUGUGGUGCUCAGAACCCAGAACUCCUGAGGUCAACCCAGUUACGCAAACAUGUUGCAACGUUGUCCCAGGUCCUGAACCUCAAAAACCAUGAACUGGACCAGGUUGCGGACUUCCUCGGCCAUGAUAUUCGUGUCCACAGAGAAUACUACAGGCUUCCAGAGGCGACAACACAGCUGGCCAAAAUAUCCAAGCUACUGCUUGCCAUGGAGAAGGGGUCCAUCACAAACCUUCAGGGCAAAACUCUUGAAGAGAUUGAGAUAGAAGAUAACCUUGACUUCACUGCUUCUGAAGCAAGUGAAGAAAGUGAAGCUGACGGAGAGGAUCAGCCCUCAGAUCCACAAACAGACAUGGGACAGGAGAGAGCUGUGCUACCUGUCAACAACCCUUCAGCUGCCUCAGAUGACUUCAGAGAUGACUCUGCCCUUCUAAAGACUUCUAGUGGACAGGAGAGAACUGUACAACCUGUUGACAACCCUUCAGCUGCCUCAGAUGGUGACACUGCUCUUGAAGGGACAUCUAAAGAGGAUAAUGGGAAGAAAAAGUCCAGCAGGAAAAAAAAACGUCAUGAACAAAGUGCGAUUACCAAAAAUGCUGGAGUGGACGAUCCCAGGAGGAAAAUAAAGCAUCCAUGGUCUCCAGCUGAGGUUGCAGCUGUGAUGAGACAUUUUAAAGAUCACAUCAACAAUGGUAAACUCGUCACUAUGAUUCAGUGCCAGCAGUGCAAGACCGCUGAGCAUCAUGUUCUUGCCGACCGCACUCUUCAAAAUAUAAGAGAUUUUGUUAGAAAUCGUGGCAUAACACUGAAGAGGAAGAACCAAUAAGUACAGAGAGAGAUGAUGUUUUGUUUUUAUGUGUUAAAAGAUAAGAGCUGAGCUCUGUUAAGUGGCGACAAAGCCACAAAAAAUAAAGUUGGUUCUUUAACAACUUUAACAACUGGUUAUACCUGGUGUAAUGUCUUUGUCUAUCAGAUAUGUAUUAAUAGGUUUUACCCGAGGUGGAUAAUGACUAUUGUAUACUGAGGAUGUCUUACACACAUGCCACAGAUCAGGUAUGUCUUUAAAUUUCACAAUGGUAUUGUGUUCAUCUAUUUGUCCUCAUAUACUGGUUGUGACCUAUUAAUGCACAUUACUUUCAUUUUUGUGUUUGUGUGAAUCCAUGUUCCAGCAAGUCACCUGUGACCCUCCAAGUCACAUUAGUGUCAGUGUUUGUGUGUUGUAUAACAACAGUCCUUAUUAAUCAAGUUGGUUCUUAUAAUUCUCCUUUUUGUCAUGGGCGGGGUUUAGCAGCUCAUUAACUUUGUCCUUACAAGUCGUCGUAGUGUCAGGUUGUUGUAACUUGCGUUGCUUUUUGUGUUUCUGACUUUUGAAGUGAGAUUUGCAGAGUACAGCCCAAACCAAAUUUUUUGAUAUAUGCCACACCUCUGGGAAACAAGCGGAAAGGGGUGCCACCCUAAUACACCAAAAAACUUGUUUGGCGAGAGGUGUCCUUGUAGUUCACAAAAACCCGUAUAGGUGUGUGUGUGUGUGUGUAUUGACCGAAAUGGAACAAUCAUCAU